AUGAGCCGAACCUCAAGAACUGGGUUGAUCGCCAGCCCUACAAAAAAAAUCUACAGGCGAGAACCGGUGUCAAGAAUCCAAUUAAGGGCGAUAGCACGUCCUGCGCCCUUCGUCCUAAAACCCUUUGCCGGUCUCUACAACCCUUAUCCGUACGGCUGUUCGCUUUUAUGCAACCACCCGACGGACAACGAAGCGAAAGAACUCCUAAAAAAGGCGAAAGAUUCCUGGGUAAUUGGAAAAAAUGUUUGGCACGGGAUAAAACAGGAUUUUUAGGCAUCAGAUGACACCCUUAAGCCGAUUCAAAAGGGGGUUGAGAGUGUCCCUGAGGAACUUUUCCGGCGUUACACUGACACGGAUUCGCGGCCUUUAACCCCCGCCCCCACUUUAGCGAGUGCGGCCACUAGGGCGUCCGGUUCCAGACGCUGCGUCACGCCUGACCCCCUUUCCACCAAUCAGAUUCGAGAGAAGACCCUCCUCAUCCUCGAUUUGAGGCGGAGUCACAGCCAGGUACACGCCCUCCAGGGUUGGGCAAAAUACACUUUCCACUGCGGGGCCGUGUUAUUCCUCGCCGCCAUUAAUACUCAUUUCCUCCUCCCCCAACAACACGGUUGGCUCCGUGAACACUCUACCUUUGACGCGACUUUCAAGCUCCUCCCCUUCGUACGACAACAACGGCGAGAUUUCCACCUCGCGCGACAUAACCACGCCCCCCGCCCCCUCAAUAUACGUCCUAUGCAAAGCCAACAAGUCCUCGCGAGCAGUCUUAGGACAGUCCUUCCCCACCCCAUCGUCGUUCUUCAUUGCACUAAACUCACUCCCUCUUGGCACCUCCCACGUGACGAACCUAUCACUAAACUGAAACACGUCGAACACGAACUUUUCGAUUUUGAUCCCAUUGGGCGUCGUCGGUUUCACCACGCCCCCAUCUCCACCCACAAAAGGGAUUUUUUUCUUCGCUACGUGCAACUUCAGCUCUUUGUCGAACUCGUUACUAACUUUUUCGAGAAAACUCGCAGCGAAAAAAUGGUUACAAAUAUUCCCGGCGCUGUAAAUCAGGUUGCCUUUUUCGUCCCGCAAACCACGCCUACGCGCUCUGUAGGCCCCGCCUUUUUCACGACCUUGGCGCCACAAUCGCUGCCUUUGUCGAUGCAAUACCCGACGAAAACCGGGUCGGCCACUUUUGUUAAAAUGUUGUCAACACUGUGGGCGUGGAUGUACUUGACGCCCCGCCUCCGCAUGUCUUUGAGGAUGCCGUUUUUUUCCAAAAUUCGGGGCUUCGAGAAGUAUUCUCCCGUCGAGGUCGAAGCACGGCAGCAGGCCUUGUUUGAACUGAACCACAUCAUCCGAGUUCAACCCGAAGAAGUUGUGGUCUUUGAGGAACGAGUCGGUCAUUUCGUCCGUGGGGCCGCUGGUCAUUAUAUACCACGUCACUUUCCCGCUUUUCCCGGUGUGUUUCUUCGCGAGGUGUUGCACCCUCCGGAUGCGCUCGGCCUGGAUUUGGAACAGGGUUUUGCCCGAGGGGAGCCCGAUGGGGUACAUGCCUUUGGGGUAGGUGACGCCGAGUCUGGUGCCUUGCCCCCCGGCCAUCAAGAGCACUCCGACUUGUCCGUCUGCGAUCGCGCUUUCUUCGGCUUCGAACUGAGACGGUGGAAUGGGUUUCAUGUCGUCGGUUUGGGGGGUGUGGGUCAUGAAUUUUAUUUCGAAUUCUUCGAGAUUUGCCAUCGUGUCACCGGAUUAUUCGGAUUUGAAUACGAGGUGCCAGCUAAACACAUUUUGACGGCUGGCGGUUGUCAAAUAACAAGUGUCAACACUGUCAACAGUGUCAACAGUGUCACUCGGGGCGGGGAAACGCUGUCAUGGCACGGCAGCUCCUCGCUCCAGGAGCCCCCCAUCAUCCGCAUCCAGCGCGUCCCCACUCGAGUGGCCAGCUUCGAGGAAAACGCUUCACCGAAAACCAAGUCCCCGACGCACCUACUGACAAACCCGGGAGUGUCAAGGUCGUCAACCCCUUCGUCCCAAAAAGCCCUAAAAAAGAAACCAAAAGAAAGCGAAGAGGUCCCCAAACCCGAGGAAAAAAAGUCCGACGAUGAAGAAGUGGAGGACGAGUGUAUCAAGCGGCGGGGGAAAAAACGACGCAAGAAACGGGACGCGUCCAGGGAGCCCCCGGCUUUUCAAACCUCGAUUGACCCGGAGACACAAGUGGCCACAAUCGGUCCCGACUCACACAACACGAGCGCCAGGCCUUCGCUAGUCGCUAUCACGUCAGAUGAGCUCCAGGAGACUAUUGACAGAGCGAAAAGUUCGGCUAGAGCGUCGAAAUGCUGGGACGUGGACUCGUUUUUGGACGUGGAAAUUUUAAAACAGCUGCGGCGCGAACUGAACGAGGAAGUAAUCGAUAAUGAAUUUAAUUUGAAAAGGCGCACCGCUCUCCAGGAGGCUCUAAAAACCAUCCCGAAAGACAAAAGUCACUGUGAAGCCCUAACUAAAGUCCAGAACGAGCUGAAGGUGCCCCCUGUUAACGCUGGUUUGUGGUUGUCUUUGCCGCGCGUUUUUUCGCGAUCAAGCGCGCGGUUUGAAUUGCCUUUAGACAGUCGGACUUUGGAAACCAUGACCCCCUUGGAGUACGUGCAAAACAACGUGGUGAUUUCGAGCCCCCGUAAACUCUUAUACAAUUGUAUUUUCAACAAGUUCAAAAUGGACGAUGUGGAGGUUAAAACGGAACGAAAACUCAUAGGGAAAGAAAUCCAGAGUGCUUUGAAUCUCAUGAUGGGUAAACCAAUGACGCCAAAGCAACAAAACUAUUUUCACGGUUUGAUUGGUUGGGGCGACGAUGACGUCAUUGAUUUUAAGACGUUUUGUGGUUUGUGCGCCCUCUGUGAGCGACUUUUGGCACCCGAGUAUUGUGCGCAGUUGCCGGAUCGUCGGACCGACCCAUGCUAUGAGAUUGAAACUGCAGACUUUGAAGCUCUCACACGAAAAUUGUACGCAAAAAAAGUCGACCCCAACUUAGUGGAAAUCCUACAGGGUAUUAAAACUCGCUAAUUUGGCAACACUGUUCAGUCAAAGUCGGUUGAGUCUAUAAACGUGACUUUAAUGCAAUAUGUACAACAUUGACAUCUAAUAACUUAAAAACUAACUUAAAGAGGUAUCAAUAUCUAUUUUUGUUUGUUUAAAUAAUUACUAUACAUCCACAGUUACUGCAUGACUCGAUGAGACGAUACCAAGUUAAUAAAUUGUCCUAUCUGAUA